AAGUUAUCCAGAAUCUAAUCUCCUUUGCCUGCAACUCAUCAUUUUCUUUUACUAUAUUAACCACAUCUCUGUUUCAACACAUCUUUCUAGCAUCUGCUGCUACUUUGUGGUCACACCAUGGCUUCAUCAGCUGCUUUCUCUGUCCCCAAACCAUCUCUUCAGGGUUUCACUGAGUUCUCUGGACUGAGAAGCUCCUCUGCUUCUCUUCCCUUCGGCAACAAGAAACUUUCCUCUGAUGAGUUUGUCUCAGCCGUCACUUUCCAGACUUCUGCAAUGGGAAGCAGUGGUGGAUACAGGAAAGGUGUGACCGAGGCUAAACUAAAAGUAGCCAUCAAUGGCUUUGGUCGGAUCGGGAGGAACUUCUUGAGAUGCUGGCAUGGACGCAAGGACUCUCCCUUUGAUGUCAUUGCCAUCAACGACACUGGCGGUGUCAAGCAGGCUUCACAUCUCCUUAAGUAUGACUCCACUCUCGGUAUCUUUGACGCUGAUGUGAAACCUUCCGGAGACGCUGCUCUCUCUGUUGAUGGAAAGAUCAUCAAGGUUGUGUCUAACCGCAACCCUUCUCUUCUCCCCUGGAAGGAGUUGGGAAUAGACAUUGUCAUUGAAGGAACAGGAGUGUUUGUGGAUAGAGAAGGCGCAGGGAAACACAUUGAAGCUGGAGCCAAGAAGGUUAUCAUUACAGCUCCAGGCAAAGGAGACAUCCCAACUUACGUUGUUGGUGUCAACGCCGAUGCUUACAAUCCUGAUGAACCGAUCAUCAGCAAUGCUUCUUGCACUACUAACUGUCUUGCUCCCUUUGUCAAAGUUCUAGACCAGAAGUUCGGUAUCAUAAAGGGUACAAUGACAACUACUCACUCAUACACCGGUGACCAGAGGUUACUAGACGCUAGCCACCGUGAUCUAAGGAGAGCAAGAGCAGCUGCUUUGAACAUUGUUCCCACAUCUACAGGAGCAGCUAAGGCCGUGGCUCUUGUGCUCCCUAACCUCAAAGGAAAACUCAACGGAAUAGCUCUCCGUGUGCCGACACCAAACGUGUCAGUGGUUGAUCUCGUUGUGCAGGUCACCAAGAAGACUUUUGCAGAGGAAGUUAACGCUGCUUUCAGAGACUCUGCAGAGAAAGAGCUUAAAGGUAUCCUUGAAGUCUGCGAUGAGCCGCUUGUGUCAGUUGAUUUCAGAUGCUCGGAUGUGUCGUCCACCAUUGAUUCUUCACUCACUAUGGUGAUGGGAGAUGAUAUGGUUAAGGUGAUUGCUUGGUAUGAUAAUGAAUGGGGCUACUCACAGAGAGUUGUUGAUUUGGCUGACAUUGUUGCCAACAACUGGAAGUGAUUUGUAAUGAAACCUCAUGUUUUCUCCCUUUUUCUACAUUCUGAUUCUCAAAAUAUCGGUCAAGACUGUAUAAACUAUAGCCCUGAAUUGUGGAUUUGUAAUAAUGAUAAAACUCAUUUUAAACUU